UUUUGCAGCGGCUCGUGCGCCUCAUAUAGAAGCUGCAAUGACGGAUGCGAGAGGAAACAAGACACUUGAAGAGACCAAAGAAUUCGAGGCGUCUCUUGUCUGCACCGUGUUCUCCUGCCGCGGACACUCCAGCCUGCUGACGGACGCUCUCCCGCGGCCCCCUCGUCCCUGAAGCGCUCAGGCUCCAGCAGCCUUCCUUUGUCCCUCCAGGGCCACAGUGACCCAGCAGAGAUGGCUCCUACUCUGGCCACCGCCUUCUCCCGCCGCUGGUGGAUGGCGGUGACAGCGGUCAUCGAGAACCUGCUGUUCUCAGCUGUGCUGUUGGGAUGGGGCUCCCUUCUCAUCAUGCUCAAGUCAGAGGGCUUCUACUCGUACCUGUGCACCGCCCCAGACAACAGCUCCAACAGCUCCAACAGCUCAGAGGAGUACCUGGAGAUGAACGGCUGGCAGAUCUGCAAGGACCAGGACGAGAUGCUGAACUUGGCCUUCACUGUGGGCUCUUUCUUGUUGUCCGCCAUCACGCUGCCCAUGGGCAUUGUCAUGGACAAGUACGGCCCGCGGAAGCUGCGCCUUCUUGGCAGCGCCUGCUUUGCCUUCUCUUGCCUUCUUAUCGCCUAUGGAGCCAGCGAUCCCAACAAUCUGUCCGUCCUCAUCUUCCUCGCGUUGGCAAUGAAUGGAUUUGGCGGCAUGUGCUUGACCUUCACAUCGCUGACGCUGCCAAAUAUGUUUGGGGACCUGAGGUCGACCUUCAUUGCUCUGAUGAUUGGGUCCUACGCCUCGUCUGCUGUCACGUUCCCUGGCAUCAAGGUGAUCUACGACCUCGGUGUUACUUUCAUCACAAUCCUGCUUGUUUGGGCCGGCUGUGCCUGCCUGGUUUUCCUCAAUUGUUUCCUCAACUGGCCUCUGGAGCCCUUCCCUGGACCCGAGGACAUGGAUUUCACGGUGAAGAUCAAGUUCAGCUGGCUGGGCUUUGACCACAAGAUCACCGGGAAGCAGUUUUACCGGCAGGUGACCACCGUGGGGCGCCGCCUCAGCGUUGGCAACUCAAUAAAGCAGCAUCACCAGCAACCCAAAGACCUGGCGACACAGGAGGCCAACAAGCUGUGCCUGUCCACCGUGGAUCUGGAAGUGAAGUGCAAGAGCCCGGAGGAAACUCAGUCCUUCAUGAAGAGUAUCUUCAGUCCAAUCUUCCUGCUGAGCCUCAUCACCAUGUGUGUGACCCAGCUGCGCCUCAUCUUCUACAUGGGGGCCAUGAACACCAUCCUGGAGUCAAUGACUGACGGAGACCUCAACACAGUGGGAAGGAUGCAAGUGGUGAGCGUCUACACAUCGAUCUUUGGUGUCCUCCAGCUUCUGUGUCUGGCCACCUCACCUGUCAUUGGCUACGUCAUGGACUGGAGACUCAAAGACUGUGAGGAUGACACUGACAAGACAGUCAAGAGGGAUCCGGGUCAGCCACGUCGUCCAGAUAAACGGAUUCAGAAGAUCGUUAAUUCCACGCGAGCCUUCAUCUUCACCAACUUACUGCUGGUUGGUUUUGGAGUCACGUGUAUCAUCCACAACCUUCAACUACAGAUUUUGUCCUUCAUCCUGCACACCAUCGUCAGAGGCUUCAUCCACUCUGCAGUUGGAGGCCUGUACGCCGCUGUAUACCCCUCGUCUCAGUUUGGCAGUCUGACGGGCAUGCAGUCUCUGAUCAGCGCUCUCUUCGCCCUGCUGCAGCAGCCGCUCUUCAUGGCCAUGGUGGGGCCCCUGGAGGGAGACCCUCUCUGGGUCAACGUGGGUCUGUUGGUGCUGAGCAUGCUGGGAUUCUGCCUGCCCUGCUACCUGCUGUGGCACAGCCGCCGCCUGCAGCGUCUGAGAGACGAGCAGGACGAGGACCCGAAGAUCUAUGUCAAGAUGAACAACGGCAGCAAACCCGAGGCGUGCGUGUAGAGGGCGUUGUUGAGCGACACUGAAGAGCGGCCGAGUGAGGGAGGAGGACCUCCGAUGCUGCAACACCUCCACCACUUUGUCACAGACACACAGCCCGACUGUGCUGCCAGCACUCACCACUGUGACACCUCCUGAAGCUCCAAACAGUGACACACACUUCCCGUACUGUCAGCAGAUCUGGGACAAAGACACUUUAUAUUCCCCUAAAACCUUUUUCUCUCUCUUUUUAUUUCGCUAUUUAUGUUUUGUUUUAUGUUGAAUGAAGGCCAAGCGGCCUCUGGAGAUGCCAGCAAACUGAAACCACAGUCAGGACAAGAAUGUAAAACACGUUUCAAUAUCUACCUGUAGUUCCUCUGGUCAACUCACUGUUGCUGUGGAGCUGCCUUACCUGGGUGAUACUUUUUUGCAGUUAAGUACUCACAAUCACUUUUCUGACUCAGCAAAUACAGGAGUAUUGUAGGAUCAGGGACUCACUCUCAUAUAUAAACGUUACAAACGGUUCAAUCUUCGGAUGAAUCACACUGUGUGCCAGAAAGUCCCUCAGAGAAAUGUGCUCUUGCCAUGUCUGCUCGCUUUCCUCUGUUUAACUCUCGAAUGAUUACUUUUGUCUGUUUUGGUUUGUGGUAUGACAGACAAAGAUGAAGAGCAAUUGUGUUGAGGCGGGACUGAGACCCUGCAGUGUUCCAGGUGGAGGUCCUUUUCUGCUCGUCUCACACGCGUGUUUGAAUUCGCUGUAGCAAUAUGUUUCCGUUUGUGAGGCGCUAAAAAAAAGGUGCUAAAAGUCAACAGAUGCCAUGAAAUUCCAACACACUGAAAUCCAAAGAUGCAGUCAGGUUUGCUGUAGUUUUCUGUUUCAACUGUAAACCACAGGGAAAGUUGAACUCUCACACUCAAAGGGAGACAGUAAGACAAAGACCGGUGGAUCACAGAAGGUCAGAGUGAGGUCAACAUACGUGAUAUAACAAAGCUGUGUCAGAGCUGAGAGAUGAUCCUCCGCCGCCGUGUGAUGCGAGUGAAACAUGAAUGGCACGUGAUGCACUUUAGCGCUUUCAAAUGGACCUCAGUCAUGUAUUCCACAACAGUUGCUGAUGCAGAGAAUGUAAAUGUCUGAUUUAGAUUUGUAUCUACAGAGACAGGAGUGGAGACAUCCAGAUAUUUUUAUACACCCAGAUGGAAAUAUUGUUCACAGAAUCGCCUUGGAGAACAUGACGGCCGCGGCGCAUCGUCUCUCAGCUUUCGUUUUGAUCCAUGAUGGUGCUCAUCAUGGAUGACACACGGAGUUCAUUAAAAACAUAAAGCUGGUGUUUAAGGACCAUCUUAAAUUUGCUCAAAAAUAUCCAUAUACUUUCAAGCACUGGCUGUUCAUGAAAAAAAGCACUGACUUCAUUCAAACUUACACAGAUUGAUAUUGACACUUCUCUUCCCACUGUGAGUCGACACGCUCAGUGACGCUUCUUCUGGCCUUGAGUGAUUCACCUCAAAACUUCCGGUAUACAGAUGCUUCACUCUGCUAACAGAGUGUUUGUACGGUUUCAUGUCAGAAAUAAGAUUUGGGAGCACAGAAGCCUUCUUUAUCCCUCCAGGCAUGAAACCUGUGUUACUUUUGUAUGCAUUAUAUACGUUACUCUUUUCUUUAGUUUCACUCUCUGAUGUUUACAAUGUGUGUGUCUGAUUUCCUUCAUCGUUGUUCCACAGUAUAGCCAUUGUUAUGAAAGUAUUGUUGAAAAAAAAAAAGCAGACAGAUUAAUGUAUGAAAUUAAAUUGAUUCCUUUGUA